AUGUCUACGACCAACGGAACAGCGUCUGAAAAGACGAUUUACUUGGGUGCUUUUGCUCAUUGUACUUCUCAGCAAGAAGUCGAGAUUUGUGAGGCUGGUGCCAUUGGAGUUGAUUCGGACGGCAAGAUUGCAUUCAUCGAACGAGACAUUGGAGAUAUCCCAGCAUACGAAUUAUGCGAACGACAACAAGGCUGGGAGAAGGCAAAGAUUGUUGAAAUAAAAGAUCAAGGUUUCUUUUUCCCUGGAUUUAUUGACACACACAUCCAUGCUUCUCAAUAUCCCAACUCUGGCAUCUUUGGCAAAUCAACACUACUGGAUUGGCUGAACACAUAUACUUUUCCUUUGGAAUCAUCUUUUACAGAUUUAGCAAAGGCCCAACGCAUCUACGCCCGCGUCGUCAACCGCACUCUUUCCCACGGAACAACAACAGCCUGCUACUACGCCACCGUCCACGUCGAAGCUACGAACCUCCUCUCUGACAUCUGUCUCUCCAAAGGCCAGCGCGCCUUCGUCGGCCGCGUCUGUAUGGACCAACUAAGCCCCGACUACUACCGCGACGAGAGCGCCGAAACCGCGAUCCAAGCAACAGAAGCCUGUAUCGCACACGUCGGCAAAAUCGACCCUAAGCAUCACCUCAUCACCCCCAUCAUCACACCUCGCUUCGCACCAAGUUGCAGCGAAGGCUGCCUAAACGCUCUAGGCAAACUCGCUCAACAGACCGGCCUUCCCAUCCAAACUCACAUUUCAGAAAACAAGUCCGAAAUCGAAUUGGUCGCGGAAAUGUUCCCGAGCAGUAAAUCUUACACCGAUGUUUACGAUAAAGCGGGCUUGUUGAAUGCAAAGACCAUUCUCGCACAUGCGGUACAUUUGUCACCGGAAGAGCGUGCGUUGAUCCGUUCCCGUGAUGCGAAGAUCAGUCAUUGUCCGGCUUCCAACACUGCUUUGACUUCUGGAGCGGCGCCUGUGCGUACGUUAUUGGACGAAGGUCUCACAGUCGGUCUCGGAACAGAUGUUAGUGGAGGAUACAGCCCUAGCAUUCUCGAGGAGGCUCGUCAAGCUAUUCUGGUCAGCAGACAUGUAGCCAUGGUCGAUGGCGAUGCUGCGAAGUUGAGCACGGAAGAGGCGUUGUGGUUGGCCACUCGUGGUGGUGCAAAGGUGGUCGGUCUUGAGAGCCGCGUUGGUGGAUUCGAGGUUGGUAUGGAUUGGGACGCACAAAUGAUCAGCUUGGAUGUUGUGAGUGAGGACGGUGAGAUGGACGAGGCAGAGAACAAAGGUCCUGUGGAUGUCUUCAUGUGGGAGAGCUGGUCAGACAGACUCAACAAAUGGUUCUACGGUGGAGACGACAGAAACACAGCAGCCGUCUGGGUCAAGGGCCGCUUGGUACAUACGACACCCAAGUACAGAGGUUGA